AUGGCUGGACGCUUUGUGCGCGCAUCCAAAUACCGCCAUGUAUUUGGCAAGCCUACGCGCAAAGAAUUCUGCUACGACAACCUACACAUCAGCCGCAAUGCCUGGGACACGAACCUGGUGAAGGCGAACCCUGAGUACCUCUCAGUCAAUUGGGAGUCGAGCGGAGGCGGUGCGUUUGCUGUCAUCCCUCUGGGCGAGCGCGGCAAGCUGCCGGACCUGAUUCCGCUGUUUCGUGGGCACACGGCGGCGGUGCUGGAUACGGAUUGGCAUCCCUUCGACGACAACGUCCUCGCGUCUGCAUCCGAUGACGGCCGAGUAUUUGUGUGGCACGUGCCCAAGGACUUUACGCUGCACACCGACGCGGAGGAGGUCGUGGAUGUCGCGCCCGUGAGCAAGCUGGCCGGCCACUCAAGAAAGGUUGGACAGGUGCUUUUUAACCCGGCGGCCGAGAACAUCCUGGCGUCGGCGUCGGGCGACCUGACCAUCAAGCUCUGGGACAUCACGACAAACCAGACGGUGCAUACGCUGAAGCAGCCCGACAUCGUGCAGAGCCUCUCGUGGAAUGCCGACGGAAGCAUGCUGGUGACGACGUCGCGCGACAAGCGCCUGCGGGUCUGGGACGUCCGCCAGGAGCGGCCGGCGCACGAGGGUCCCGGUCAUCUGGGCGCCAAGAACAGCCGGGUCGUCUGGAUGGGCGAGCACAACCGGUUCGCUACUACGGGCUUCUCGCGCAUGAGUGAGCGGCAGCUCGCGCUGUGGGAGCCGGGCAACAAUGAGCCGAUCGGCGGCUUCAACCAGCUAGACUCCAUCUCAGGCGUAUUGAUGCCAUUCUGGGAUGACGGCUCAAACUGCCUGUACCUUGCCGGCAAGGGCGACGGAAAUAUCCGCUACUUUGAAUAUGCGCAAGACAAGUUUGAGUUCCUCUCGGAGUACAAAUCGGCCGAUCCGCAGAGAGGUCUUGCGUUUGUCCCUCGGCGUGGUGUGAAUGUGCACGAAAACGAAGUGAUGCGCGCCUACAAGACGGUGAACGACUCGUACAUCGAGCCGAUCUCGUUCACAGUCCCCCGUCGAGCCGAGACGUUCCAGUCGGACAUCUUCCCGCCGGCUGUUGGCCUGAAGCCGGCCGUGUCGGCCAAGGACUGGCUUUCGGGCAAGACGGGCCUCCCGUCGAAGAUUGACCUGGAGAGCGUCUACGACGGAACGGCGCCGGUGGAAGUUCCGUCGGACUACAAGCCGACACCGACGGCAACGAGCUCAGCUCCAGCUCCGGCUGCUGCAGCUGCGCCGAAAGAGGCGGAGCCGAAGUCAACGCCGACGCCGACGCCGACGCCAAUUCACUCUGGCCCCCCUGCCAGCAUGGCUGACCAGAAGCAAUCGAUGUCGUCGAUUGCGAACAAGUACCAGGACGCAGCCGACGACGAGGACGACGAGGCUGCAGAGACGUCGAGUUUCGAGGAGGUGGGCCGGCCGCAGCCACGAGGCAACGCGCAGCCGGCUGCGUCGCCGUACAAGCCGCCUAUGCCGCAGCCGCACUCGCCGUCAGCGGCCAAGGCGCCGGUAUCUCCUGUGGUGUCUCGCGCGCCGACAGUGGUUCACGAGGCGGUCGCUGCUCCGGCGGCUCCGGUGGCACCGGCUCCGGCUGCGGUGACGGAUGCGCUGGUGGAGCUGACACAGCUCGUCAAAGAGCAGAACAGCAAGAUCGACGUGCUCACAACGGAGGUGGACGGGCUGAAGAAGCGGCUGCUCGUGUCGACCGACCAGAGCGAGAGGAUCCGUCAGCUGGAGCUGGAGCUGGAAGAAGCGCGCUCGUGA